AUGACUCUGUCUAGAAUUCACAUUUAUAUUUUAAGGACAUUUAUUGUGGUUGGGUUUAUUUUUGCUCCAGUUGUGGGGCAAGUGAAGAAUGAGGCAAACAGCGAAAGCCCCUCCAGCGGUGACAGUGGUCAUGGAGGUGGUCACGGAGAGGCACCCACUACUUUACAGAUUGUCACCUUUAAAUGGCAUCAUGUACAGGAACCCUAUAUAAUUGCUCUAUGGAUUCUUGUUGCGAGCUUAGCUAAAAUUGUUUUUCACCUAUCCCACAAAGUGACCAGUAUUGUGCCCGAAAGUUGCCUACUCAUUAUUCUUGGCCUUCUUCUCGGUGGUAUAGUAUGGGCGGCAGAUCAUAUUGCCUCAUUUACCUUAACUCCAACAGUAUUUUUUUUCUAUUUGCUGCCACCUAUUGUAUUAGACGCUGGGUACUUUAUGCCAAACAGACUGUUUUUUGGAAAUCUCGGCACAAUUCUUCUUUAUGCUGUAAUUGGGACUGUAUGGAAUGCUGCCACAACCGGCCUUUCACUCUAUGGUGUUUAUCUGACUGGAAUAAUGGGAGACCUUCAGAUUGGAGUGCUGGAAUUCUUACUUUUUGGAAGCCUCAUUGCUGCGGUAGAUCCGGUAGCUGUACUAGCUGUAUUUGAAGAGGUCCAUGUAAAUGAUGUUCUCUUUAUCAUUGUUUUUGGAGAAUCUCUCCUGAAUGAUGCAGUAACAGUAGUGCUGUACAAUGUAUUUGAUUCAUUUGUUUCCAUCGGUGGAGAAAAUGUGACUGGUGUAGAGUGUGUAAAGGGUGUCGUGUCCUUCUUUGUAGUAAGCAUUGGAGGAACAUUAGUUGGAAUCAUAUUUGCCUAUCUUCUCAGCUUGGUCACUCGUUUUACUAAACACGUGAGCAUCAUUGAACCAGGAUUUGUUUUUGUUAUCUCCUAUUUGUCGUACCUGACCUCAGAGAUGCUGUCACUUUCUGCGAUUCUUGCCAUUACUUUCUGUGGAAUUUUCUGUCAGAAGUAUGUAAAAGCUAAUAUUUCAGAACAAUCUGCAACUACCGUGAGAUAUACAAUGAAGAUGUUGGCAAGUGGUGCUGAGACUAUAGUGUUCAUGUUUUUGGGGAUAUCUGCUGUUGAUCCAAAUGUCUGGACCUGGAAUACAGCUUUUAUACUUUUAACACUGUUAUUUAUCUCUGUAUACAGAAUAAUAGGUGUGGCCGUUCAAACAUGGAUCCUCAAUCGCUACAGAAUGGUGCAACUAGAAAUUAUAGAUCAGGUGGUGAUGUCCUAUGGUGGGCUCCGUGGUGCUGUGGCUUAUGCAUUAGUUGCACUUUUGGAUGGAAACAAAGUAAAAGCAAAGAACCUGUUUGUCAGCACAACAAUAAUAGUUGUAUAUUUUACAGUCAUAUUUCAGGGAUUAACAAUCAAACCUUUGGUACAGUGGCUAAAAGUGAAGAGAAGCGAGCAUCGGGAGCGGAAAAUUAAUGAGAAACUUCACAGCAGAGCUUUUGACCACAUAUGUUCUGCUAUUGAAGAUAUUUCAGGGCAAAUUGGACACAAUUACAUGAGAGAGAAGAUUUCAAAAUUUAAUGCAAAAUACCUAAGCAAAGUGUUCAUGAGAAAAUCAGCUCUGAAAACACAAGAUCGGAUCUUAAAUGUCUUCCAUGAACUGAAUAUGAAGGACGCUAUAAGUUAUGUUGCAGAGGGAGAACGCAGAGGAUCUCUGGCUUUCAUCCGCUCCCCCAGCACAGAGAACAUGGCCAAUGUAGACUUCAGCAGCCCACGACAAUCUCUUGCUUCUAUUUCCGAGCCUUCUGUUUCCUACCUCUUGAGAGAAAAUAUCAGCGCUGUUUGUCUAGAUAUGCAAGCUCUAGAGCAAAGAAGAAAGAGUGUUAGAGAUUUGGAAGAUAUUUUGAGUCAUCAUAAUCUGCAGCAAUAUCUCUAUAAACCAAGAAGACAGCAAAAGCACCUAUACAGUCGUCAUGAGGUUAUCGUGAAUGAAGAUGAAAAGCAAACCAAGGAGAUAUUUCAAAGAACAAUGAAGAAGCGUUUAGAGUCCUUUAAGACAACAAAAUUUGGACGUAAGCAAAAACUGAAGAUAAAUAAAAACUACAAAAGAGAUAGAGGGCAAAGGAGAAACAGCAGCAUGACUAUGCUACCAAAUGGCAACAUCCCACAUGAAAAUUCAAUGCAUGAAUUAGAUUUUUCUGAUCCAGAUGAGACUUUGGAAUAUGAAAAUCAAAUGGAUGGAGCUAUUACAUUUUUGGCCUCUAUUACAGACAACAAAGGACACGUAGACACAACCUUCGGAAUUGAUAACCCAGUAUUUACAACUGAGGAUGAACAAAACAACUGCCUGAGGUUUGCACCAUGGUUGUCCAAUGAAGAUACAGUAGUUCCUUCCCAAAGGGCACGAGUACAGAUACCUUAUUCUCCAAACAACUUCAGAAGAUUAACACCGUUACGCAUCAGCAGUAGAUCAAUUGAUUCCUUUUUGAUAGCAGAUGGUUCAGAAGAGCAACCCAGAUCUUUUCUUCCAGAAUCAACACAUAUGUAA